UUCAGACACAAGAAAGAGAGCACUGUGACAUCAAGAUCAAGGAGCGCGUCGGAAGGGGGGAUGUGCCUGUGUGGCUCCGGACUUUGGAGGACUUUUCUGCUGGACCUGCAGUCUGCGGGGAGGACCUGAGGUACUUGAGGCUUGCCGCGAGACCAGCCGACUGCAGCGGGUGUGCUGGCAGGAGGCUGCAGGGCUGGACAGCAGGUGUGCUGGCAGGAGGCUGCAGGGCUGGACAGCAGGUGUGCUGGCAGGAGGCUGCAGGGCUGGACAGCAGGUGUGCUGGCAGGAGGCUGCAGGGCUGGACAGCAGGUGUGUUGGCAGGAGGCUGCAGGGCUGGACAGCAGGUGUGCUGGCAGGAGGCUGCAGGGCUGGACAGCAGGUGUGCUGGCAGGAGGCUGCAGGGCUGGACAGCAGACUCAAGCAACACAGGGAUGGGUCCUGCUGUAUUAGCCAAGCCACUGCUGCCAGACACGCCAGGCGGUGCGAGGAAGUGCCGACCCCAACCGCUACUUCACCCUAGGCUGGAGACUUACCCUGAGCCACUCCUGAAGGAGUUGUCUACCUACUGCUACACCUGCGAGUCCAGGGCAGUGGGAGUCGAGGCUCUGUUGCACCUUUACUUUGGGGAGCUCGGGUGCAACCACUGCUUCCACAACAUCAAGAGUUGCUCGGCCUUCAGGGCUCGGUACCCAAUGGUUGGUCUUUGCAAGGGCAGCGGCAGGGAGCACAAUGCAUGUCGCUGGGUGGCACCGACGUGCAAGUACGUCAUGUACAACACAAGAAAGACGCUCUCCAUGGCUCGCUGCAUAAACAACAAGUUUGAGAAGCAGGAGGUGUUCAGAGAGGCCACUGCAUACCUCCGCGCACUCCUCCCCCUUAGAGGCUUGUACCCGUGGAGGUCUGCCCUGAAAACCAUAGCCAAGGCAGGCAUAGCUGUGGACCUGACCAACUGUCCGCCUCGCCUCGAGCCACUACACCCCUCAGAGGCUGGGCGGGCUGUGGGUAAUGGAAUGCUGGGAGUGAGUGGGUUACUGAACCUUGAGAAAUCUAUUAUACGUCUUGAGAAGAGAGAUAAGCUAAGAGAUGGGUCUGCAAGGAUACAGAACACCCCUCACAGCACACAGAACAACUCUGCCCACACACACAUCACCCACGCUAACACAGAGAACAUCCAUAGCAGCACUGACCACCCUUCCAGUGUCAACAGCUCCCCAGCCAGCACAGAAAGCUCCCCUGUUCCUAUAAAGACCCUUCAAAAGUCCCUCAACAAAACCAAACGCAAGAGCAGAACCUCCACUGAACGCAACAUUCUUGCCAGCACGGAAAACUCCUCCAACAUCCAAACCCAACACAAACUUCACAAAAAGGGCAAGUCAAGGAACACUGAUACCAACGUAGACAACACUUUACCCAGCACACAGACUGCCCCAACGAGGACAGAGAACCCCCCUGUCAGUAUAGAGACCCCUCAUGAACUCCACAAAAAGGAUGUAGUAAAGAAAAACAGUGUCAGCGUACAGCCUCAGAACUACCUUUCAGAGAUGCCAAAACCCUCGUCCAAGACCUCUGUCACAUCUCAAAGCGCCCGGCCUGACUUGGAACGCAGGAAAAGGAAGAAGACCAAAGUGGAAGAUGCCAGUGCCGAAAACCACCAAGAGGAAAGGGAGGAGGCAGAACUUAAAGACACUGCCCUCACACAUCAAGACAUUCUCCCUUCUAGAGCAAAGAAGAAGAAAUUGGAAGUUCCCUCUACCACUACAGGAAACACUGCCCUCACAUAUCAAGGCAUUCUCCCGUCUAGAGCAAAGAAGAAGAAGAAAUUGAAAGUUCCCUCCACCACUACAGAAAACACUGCCCUCACAUAUCAAGGCAUUCUCCCGUCUAGAGCAAAGAAGAAGAAGAAAUUGAAAGUUCCCUCCACCACUACAGAAAACACUGCCCUCACAUAUCAAGACAUUCUCCCCCCCAGAGCAAAGAAGAAGAAGAAGAAGUUGAAAGUUCCCUCCACCACUACAGAAAACACUGCCCUCACAUAUCAAGACAUUCUCCCCCCCAGACCAAAGAAGAAGAAGAAGUUGAAAGUUCCCUCCACCACUACAGAAAACACUGCCCUCACAUAUCAAGACAUUCUCCCUCCCAGAGCAAAGAAGAAGAAAUUGAAAGUUCCCUCCACCACUACAGAAAACACUGCCCUCACAUAUCAAGACAUUCUCCCUCUCAGCACAGAGGAAAGGGAAAAGACACGGCCAAAACACACUGUUGCCAAUAUGGAAAUCACUGCUCUCACUACCCAAGACACCCUCCCUGUCACUGCAGAGAAUGCCAUCAACAAGAAGCACAAGAAACAGAUCAAGAAUUCCCUUAAAGUAGGAAAUAAGCCUGCUAGUGCUGAGGAUGUUCUCCCUGAUGAUGCCUUUUCUGUGUGUGCGGAGAACACUGCACCCAGGAAACAGAGGAAGAGGAAGGCAGAGGCUAUUGUUAGAUCUGAGCCUCCGAGUACCUCAGCUGUCCCCCUUGGUGACACCCUCCCUCCCAGUGCAAACAUUUCCCCCAAAACACACAAGAAGAGGAAACGGAAAAAUGCUCCUGAGGUAGAACUGGAAGCCACCAGUGUCCAAGACGUCUCCCCUGACAAUGCUCAGGUUAGCAGUGAAGAAAGUACCACUAGUAAAAAACACAAAAGGAGAAAAUUGAAGCACUGUGAUAAUGUGACAUUUGAAGUUGUUGGUGCGCAGGAUCCCUUCCCCGUCACCUCCCUCCCCUCCGGCGCAGAGAACACCACCUCCCUCCCCUCCAGCGCAGAGAACACCACCCCCAAGAAGCACAAAAGGAGGGAAAUGAAGAGCCAUGAUGAUACAGAAUCUGAAGCUGCCCAAAUACAGAGGAAGAGGAAAUUGAAGAACUCUGGCGAUGUGGAAAGAUAACCUCUUGGUAAGUGCAGUGCCUUCUGUGACACACUGGACAGCUCUGGGUGUGUAGAGGAUAGCCCCUCAAGAGCAGCUGAAGCAGAGAACAGUCUUUCAAGAAAAUGCCAAGCACAUCACAGAGCACACCUGCUGCCACAGAAGACGUCCGUGCCAACACCCAAGACAGCCUUUGUGACAAGCUCAGACACCCCUCGGAUAAGUCCACUUUCAGGAAGACCAAGAGAAAGCAAAAGUCCUCCUCUGCUGCUUCACAAGGCAACUCUUGUGAGGCAUGGCAGGCAGCCUUCUCUUGAUGUCCAGCGCGUAUACAACAUUCUUCCGGAGCUACUGAACAUUGUCACCAAAAAGAACAACACUGAAAAAGACAAGGAACAAACAGUAAAGUCCUCCUCUGCCACUGCAAGGGCUUGAUGCAGACUAAAUAUGUCCAAUUAAUAAGGAAAUAAAUUAAAAAUGUUC